CCUAUCCGGUUAGCUUGUGUCAAAAUUAUCCAUAUCAAUGGAACGAGUGGUUCAACAAAUUCCACGUCAACUACAAAUCCAUUAAGUGUGUGUCCAAUGAAUCAGACGAUGAGCGAUUGUUUGAACAAGUGCAGUGAGGAAAAGUGUCCAGGGAUUGGAAUUAGCAUGAUGUGCACCAAACACUGUGGUCAAGGAUGCGCGUGCGCUGCCGGGUUCGUUAGAUCCAGCAAUGGAGAGUGCUAUAAAUCAAAAGACUGUCCACUGGAGCAAGUUUGCGGAGACAAUGAAGAGUACCGAUGUGAGAAUUGCGCUGCAACAUGCAAAAAUCCCGAACCAAACUGUCCAGAACUACAUAACAAGAAGUGCAAUAAGAAGUGCAUUUGUGCAGCCGGAUUUGUGAAAAAGAAUGGGAAGUGUGUUACACUAGCCAGUUGUCCGGAUCAUGAUCAUAAUAAUAUUACCUGCUUGGGGACCGAAGAAUACACCGAUUGCCUUCCAAAAUGCCGUCAACUUUGCUCAGGAUCCACCCAAUGCAAUAAAAACAGUCACACAGAUAUGUGUACCCCUGGCUGUGUCUGUAGACCAAGUUACAAAUUGGACAGCAACGGAACAUGUGUUCACAAUAAACAUUGUUUUAAGACCACUGACUGUCCUGUGAACGAGGAAUGGUCCAAAUGUAUCUCACUUGACAAUGUGUGCGGAAUGGCUACUAUUCAGAAGGUCCCACUACGCAAUCAAUGUUUUUCCGGAUGUGUUUGUGCAGCUGGAUUCGCCAGAAAUAGUAAUGGAACUUGUGUUGAACAAGACAAAUGCUGA